AUGAGAAAGUUACGUGAAAUUUUUGGGAGAAACAACGUGCCAGCAAAACGCACUAUUUAUCGUGUAGUGAAUGAUUUCGAAGAAAGAGGGUCUGUAGGUGAUAGGCCCAAGCAUGGACCACAACGUACUGCAAGAUCGGCUGAAAACAUUGCUGCUGCCCAAGGAAGUGUUCAAAACAAUCCAUCAACCUCAAUUCGACGCCGUGCUCAGGAGCUUGGUCUUCAAAUAACAACUUUAGCCACAAUUUUGCACAAGGAUUUGCAUUUGUUUCCAUUUAAGAUUCAGUUGACACAAGAGCUUCUUCCACAAGACCAUUUACGCCGCCGUACAUAUGCCAAUAGGAUAUUACAGCUCGCCCAUGACAACCCCGAUAUUCAUGAAAAAAUCAUAAUGAGUGACGAGGCACAUUUUCAUUUGAAUGGACAUGUGAAUAAACAGAAUAGUCGGUUCUGGGCAAUGGAAAACCCGCAAAUUAUUCAUCAGUCACCUUUGCAUUCAUUAAAAGUGACAGUCUGGUGUGCAAUUUGGUCAGGAGGAAUCGUUGGACCUUACUUCUUUGGAAAUGAAAACGGCGUAACGGUAACUGUGAAUGGGGAGCGAUAUCGUGAUAUGAUUGAAAACUUUUUACCGCCACAACUGCAUGCUUUGGGCUUGAUUAACAUGUAG